CUGCACCAGGACCUCAAGAAGUUCAUGGACUCCUCGUCCCUCAGUGGGAUCGCCCUGCCCCUCAUCAAGAUCACCCGCCGUGCCCUGUUUCCCGGUGACUCGGAGAUCGAUCAGCUGUUCCGCAUUUUCCGGACCCUGGGCACUCCUGACGAGGCCGCCUGGCCGGGGGUGUCGGCCCUGCCCGAUUACAAAGCCACGUUCCCCCGCUGGGCCCGCCAGGACCUGGCCAAGGUCCUGCCGCCCCUGGACGACGAGGGACGCAAGCUCCUGGCGCUGGAGCGCUCCCGGCGGCCCCCGCUGUCAAUCACAGCCAGCGCCUCCAUUGAUUGGGUGAUGCCUCAUCUCACGCGCCUUUCCAUUGGCUGA